GUUGGACAAUGAAAUGAAGGUUUUUAAACCACGCCGUUAAUUAUAUAAAAUGAGGGCAAAUCAAAUGUUGUGUGGCAGCACACUUUACACCAAUGUCUUCACCGUUUAGGUCACAACAUUUAUUUACACCGAACAAUUCAAAGACCAAGAAUAAUUGCUCACCACCUAACACACCCUUUUCUAUUCCUGCCAGUCGAGAUUAUAUUGAUUUCGAUCAUGGGUACAAUUCAGAAGACUCCACUGAUGGCCAUCUAUUUGAUAUCAGUGAUGUAGACUAUGAAGCGGCAAGAAGAGAUUAUGAAUCAAGAGUAGUGUCAUCCAAUCCCGAUAAAUUCAAUCCAAUAGUAGAUGCACCUGACGACAGAGAACUUGAUAUCUAUGGGGAAGUAGACUAUCUCUAUGAGAAUCCAGAAAUAGAAAUUAAAUGGAGAAAAGCUUUUGGUGAUGAACAACUAGUCGAGUAUGUACAAGAAAAAAGCCAACCUACACAAAACCACCAAGAAACAAGAGUUACAAACACUACUGAUAGAGCAACCAUACUUUCCCUUCUUUUGGAGAUAAUCAUGAGAUCAUUUGCUUACAAUAACAAAAUGACAACUACUAGUAAAAAGAAGAUGAAUGAUACAGUUGAUUCAAACCCUUCUGAAAAUCAACUGCAAGAAUCUUCAUGCUGGAAAUUAACUUUUUUUAAAGCUCUUAAACCGAUUGUUCUCUUGCUUUUUAUGAUUUAUUGGAUUGUAGGCGAAACUAUUUCCCAAAUAGCAACAUUCAUCACACUUAUUGUAUCAUUUUCAUUCAUUGAUUCUCUACUUUCGCUAUUUUCAAACGAUCAAAAAAAGAAUCCUGCACGAAAUAUCAAGGUCCGACAACUCUUCACCUCCUUCAUCACAUUCAUUGUCUUGAUUUACUGCUUUACCUUUCUCUUGCCAAGCUCAAAAAAUAAAGUGCACAACUUUGUUUAUGAUGGAUCUACAGAAGACUUGUACGGUCAUCAAGAACAUGCAAGUCACUAUUUAGCUUCCUUAAAGAAGACCUUUGAGGUUAUCUCUAAUGAGCACCAAGAUAUUUGGAAUAAAUUAAAAAGAAUCGAAAGCCACGACAUAAAGAAUAUAUGGAAUAAAAUUGAUCAGCAUCAAAAUGAAAUUGGAAGAAUCAAGGAAUCUAUCAAUGAUGAAUUUAGGGCUGCUAUUGAAUCCAAAUUACCAGAUUCAAUCCUCGUACGAACAAACAAGGCCGGUAAACUUGAACUACCCGUAAAAUUUUACACUUACUUGAAAGAUACGGUCUCUUGGGAUAGAUUUUUAGAACACAAUGAAAAGUCUAUAAACAAAUACACUUCGAAUCAAAUGAAUGGAAUACACCAAAAUCAUGUUUCCAAAGGAACUAUUAUCACCAAGGAAGAGUUUAUGAAGUUACUUAUGAGUACCUUACACAACAGUCAAAUUAAAGUGAACAAACAACAACAUCCGCCACUUGAAAAAGUCAUUGAAACUUUAGCGCAAGAACAUUAUCAAGAUAUUCUCAAUACACCCGAUUUUGCUUUGGAAUCUCGUGGAGCAAGAGUGGUGAUCGCUUUAACAAGUCCAACCUACUACGCCGUUCCAUUACUCAUUCGACUUGCUCGUCGACUUUUAUCUUUACAUGAUCCCUUUACUGCCCCACAAAUGGCCAUCAUGCCCAAUUCAAAUGUAGGUGAAUGCUGGACAAUGCUCGGUGACUCCGGUCAUUUGGGUAUCAAGUUAAGUGAACCACUGAUGGUACAAGAGAUCACAUUAGAGUAUCCCUCUUCUCAACUCAUGCUUGGUGACAUGACUCAUGCUCCUAAACAGUUUGAUGUAUAUGGUAUAGCAGACUACCGCAAAAACCCCCAUGAUCGUGAUCUUCUUGGUAAUUUCACCUAUGAUAUUCAUGGACCGAUAUCUGUUCAAACUUUUAGUGUUGAUGCAGAGAAGGCAUAUACUCACAUCUUUAUACGAUUUAACUCGAAUUGGGGCAGUUUGAUUCACACAGAUAUAUACCGCGUUCGGGUCCAUGGUACACCUGUUCGAAAUUUGCGGUAGAAUCUUAUUGCAUUUCCUUAUACCUACAUUUGUUCUUUGAAACAAUAAAAAUAAAAUUC